AUGAAGGCAUCAUGGCUUUCGAUCCUUAUAGCCGCAAACUAUAUAAAGCAAGCCAGAGGAGUAAUUCCCAAUGCUAUUGAUUCUGCCAAUAUCGAAAUCAGAAACAUCCCUGAUGCUGACCUUGGCCAACCGUUUGAACCUGCCGCCACAUCCAGCUCCAACGGGUCCUUUCCUUGUUAUAAUGUCACUGAAACUGUUUCAACCUCAGAUCCGACCGUAUCGCAACCCACCACAGUGUUAUUGACGACCACUAUGUAUUCAACGGCAAUCGUGGAUGCAUAUUCUUCCGACACAACUUCUACUAUAUUCUCAACAACCACUGUACCUGCUCCGACCUUUGAAUACACAUCCUGGGAGACUGCUCCUCCCAUCACACCUGAACCAAGCUCCAAUUCUUCCACCUCCAUAUCAUCAAGCAGCUCUCCUACCUCAUCUUCUUCGGAACCGCCGAAAGAGGAAGAUUUCUUUGGAGUAUUGACAUACGAGUUAGGUCAAUUCGUCAUUAUGUAUGAUGUAACCGCCAAUGAGACACCUUAUAAAAGCACUUCGAGGGAUAACAAAAACCCAACGAAUUUUCCCGUAACACUGAUUGCGAACAAAUCCAAUUUCUCUCAAAGGAGAUUCGAGAUUUACAAACCUGUUGAUAACGGAUCAUGGGGACCUGAUUUAAAGGAUAGUAAAUGUACUAAAAGAAUCGAGUGCGAUAUUGAAUUUCAACCUGAUCCGGGGAAUCAGAAGAACCGUCCUGCGUUUGCGGUUUGGGAUGACGAGCCUUGGUUCAAGAAUAUCGAUCCAGAAAAUAAAUGUCAGGGGAGCUGCAAGUUUGUGGACUGUCAGGAAGGAUGA